AUGCUGCAGAGGCGAGUGUACCACGUCAUGGCCGUGGUGAGAAGGCAGCUGUAUGUGCUGGGAGGUAAUGACCUGGACUACAACAACGACCGCAUCCUGGUCCGCCACAUAGACUCCUAUGACAUAGACAUGGACCAGUGGACCCGCUGCACCUUCAGCCUACUCACGGGUGGGUGGGCUGCACAUACACACGCUCAUGCAUACGCAUGCACGUGCACACACACGCAGACACACACACGUACGCAUGCACACAUACUAGAUAAGAUCACUGUCCUCCUUUUUCCCUUGUGACUAUCCACCCCUCCCGACCUUGAUUCCCUGUGAAGUUGUCAAAUAAGUUCAAGGUGAAGUCAUGAGAGGAGACAGAGUUAUUUCCGGAACUUUCUGAAUGCACCCUAUGUCUCAGGUGACAUUGAAUCAUAUGGCCUCUCUUUGGCACAGUGAAUCAUUGUUUUCGCUAUCUCCUCCGCAGGUCAGAACGAGUCUGGCGUGGCAGUCCAUGAUGACCGAAUCUAUGUUGUUGGUGGAUAUUCUAUUUGGACCAAUGAGCCCCUAGCGUGUAUUCAGGUGAGUGACAGAUUUAUUAAAAUAUGUUGUGCAUUAUAAAUCAUUAUGCAUAGUUAAUAAGGUGUUUUGAAUGCACUUAUAAUGCAUUAUAAAGAAAGAGGGUGUUCAUAGCAAAUGUUCUGUUAUUAAAAUCUCUUAUUAUUUCAUGUGUAUGACAUUUAUAUUUCACUUCCUGUGGUCCAGGUGUUGGACGUGAGCACGGAGGGGAAGGAGGAAGUGUUCUAUGGACCAACUCUACCAUUCGCCUCCAAUGGAAUAGCAACGUGUUUCCUCCCUGCCCCAUACUUCACCUGCCCCAACCUACAGACUCUACAAGUGCCCCAUCACAGGAUAGGAGCUGUCUAA